UCGGGAGAUUUGAUACUGAGCAUGCGCGGCUUCUGGAAUGGUCCCACCCCCUCACGGACUGCUCAUGCGCGGUAGCGCGGGGAAGAGAGCCGUCGCUGUCGCCGUGGCAGCGGGAUAGGGGACGGCAGGACCCUGUUGAUUGUGGUAGCGAUGGAAGCCCUGGGGGAGGCCGGCCUGCACUUCGACGAACUCAACAAACUCCGGGUCUUGGACCCUGAAGUGGCGCAAAGCACAACAGAACUGAAGGAGGAGUGCAAGGACUUUAUAGAAAAAAUAGGCCAGUUCCAAAAAAUUGUUGGUGGUUUAAUUGAGAUAGUCGAUCAACUUGCUAAAGAAGCAGAAAAUGAAAAGAUGAAGGCCAUAGGUGCUCGAAAUCUUCUGAAAUCAGUUGCUAAGCAAAGAGAAGCUCAACAGCAGCAGCUCCAAGCUUUAAUAGCUGAAAAGAAAAUGCAGCUUGAAAGGUACCGGAUAGAAUAUGAUGCACUGUCAAAAGUAGAAGCUGAACAAAAUGAGUUCAUUGAUCAGUUCAUUCUUCAGAAAUGAAGUGGGAACAAGACACCCUAACAAGAAGCGUUUUAACUUUGAUUCGCUUCAGCUCUGACAACACGCUCGUGAAUCUCUAGUGCAGUUACACGAAUCCUAUAAUGUGGUGAUCAAAACUGAACACAUUACUCCAGCUGUGGCCUAACUAACAUUACAUAGGAGGAGUACACAUCCUUAUCUAUAUCAACCGAGCUGAGGAUGUGAGUGUCAAGAGCAUCAAGUUCCUCUGAGUGACGAUAAUUGACUAUCUGUCCUGGACUCCCACGUAGAUGCGAUGGUCAAGAAAGUACAACAACUCCUCUUCAGGUGGCUUAGGAAAUUCAGCAUGUCUGGAAGAUGCAUCAUAACAAGUAUUCUAUCUGGUUGUAUCAUGACCUGGUAUGGUAUCUGCUCUACCCAAAAACUACAGGAUAUUGUGUGCACGGGCCAGACUAUCACGCAAGCCAACCUCCAUUCCUUGGAAUCCAUUUACAUUUCUCGUUGCUGCAGAAUGGCUCCCAUCUUCAAAGGCCCCUCUUAACCCAGUAAUGUUCUCUUCCACCUCUUCUGUUAGGUAGAAGAUACUGAAGGUUGAACACAUGUACCAACAGGUUCAAGAACAAUUUCUUUCCUGCUGUUAUUAGACUGCUGCAUGUAUGUGUCUAACUUCAAAUAAUGUUGAUCUGACUUUGAGAACCUCCUGUGCAGUCACAACCUUGUAUCCCUCACUCUGUCUCAGCACACUAUGAUCCGCCUGUACUGCUUGCUAAAACCUUUUACUGUACUUAGAUACAUAUGACUACAAUAAAUUAAAUACCUGUAUACAGUUCCAUUAUAACCAUCUUGCUUUUUUAAAUAAUCAGCUUGUUCAGAGAUAGUGUCCCUACCUCUGAUCUAUCACUGAACCACAAGAGCCCUCCUGGCUGUUAAAUUCAAUGCCUUGACUAAUAAAUGUAUCCCAUAUGCCACCUUUGGAUCUAUGGGCAUGCAUACUUGAAGUUUGCCUACAGAUUUAUCUUGCUAUCUGUUUUACUGACUAUUGGUUUAUACACUUGCAGAAAUAUGAUUUGUUUGUUUUUAUGUUCUACCCAAAUGGCAUAAUUUGAGGAAGCCACUAAUUAUCAUCCAUCUCUAUUGUAGCAAUUGACUCCUUGAGCAAUACUUUGACAACCUCAUCCCUCCCUGUCCUGCUACCAGACAGACUUGAAGAGACUAUACUCAGAAAUAAUUAAGACAUGGAUUUUGUUUUCCCAUGUAGUAAUCAGCACCCUUAACUCCUCUCUUGUUGCAAGAUUACCUGCAUUUAAAUAAGUGACAUCUAGCUUUGUCAUGCCCCAUUGUGCCUUGACUAUAUAUGCUUGGUCUUCCAAACUAACUGGUUCCCCUACACCUGUCUUGAGGAUCACCCCCUUACUGUACUUUUACUCUGCAUCCUAACCCACCCCUGCCAAAUUAAACCCCAACAGUAGUACUAGAGAGCCCAGCUGCAGAGAUGUUGUUCCCAUUCUGGUUCAGGUGGCUCCUGUCUGACUUGCACAGGUUUUCAACCUUCUCCAGAAAUGGACCAGUGAUCUUGGAAUCUAAAAAUCUCUCUCCUGAACCAACUUUUCAACUGUGCAUUCACCUACUCUAUCUACCUAUUCCUAUACUGACUAGUAUGUGGCACUGGGAAUAAUCCAGAGAUUACAACCUUGAGGUCCUGCUUUUCAAUCUGUGACUUUACUCCCUAAUCUCUUACUGUGGCACCUCAUCUCUGCUUCUGCAUAUAUCGAAGUAUUUUUUCUUUCUUUUAGCACAGAGUCCGUACCCUAAACUGAGGAGACUCUAUAUCUCCUGGUUAUAUAAUUU